GCAGUAACUGACAACUGACAGAAUGUCGAGUGUCGAUAUUCAUAAACAAAUCAUAAAAUCAGUACUUUAAUAUUUCAAUAAGACGAAUUAUUUUCAAAUCGAAUUGUUAACGAACUCGGAAAAUAACAUACAUUUCUUAAGCUUGUUAAUUACAUGAUAAAUAUAAGACAUCUAUAAUCAAAGGCUGGAAGCGUCUUGAUAACUCAACACACUUUAUUAAUAUAUUUACAAUACGAUUUAUUAUUUUCUAAAUUAAUUCAGUGUUAAAAUGAUAGACACUUUUGUCCAAAUAGAAGAGUGUAUUAAUAAUUGCUUGAUCAGUAAACUGUCUACACCGUAUAAUGAAAAAGAUUUCCACUCUGAGUAUCAAGUGAGAAAUAACAAAUUGGAACAAAAUUUCCCUAAACUUUUAGACUUAAUUGAAAAUGUAGACUUUCGGCAACAUCCGGAAAUAUGUUCUAGUACAUUAUAUUCCCUUUUUAUAUUAUAUAUGGAAUUAAGAACAGAUGGUCCAUGGAAUACAGAAAAUUCUAAAGUUCAGGAUUAUCCAACAAAAUUGAACUUGGCAUUUGAAAAGAAAUAUAGUAUAAAAUUUGAAGAUAUUCUGCUAAAAGAUGACUUCUACAAAUCACAAGAGGUUUUUGAUAAAAGUAUUAAGGAAUUGCAUCAGAAGAUGACAUUGGAUGACUUCAAGAAGUACCCUGGCCUUAUUGAAGUUUACUAUUUGAUCAUUAGUAAUGUUGAGAAAUAUAAUGUCACUCUGAACCCAGUGACGGUAAUGCCUAUUGCCUUGCUCCUGGUAGAAGAUUACAUCACUUCCAAUAAAUUGAAAGGAUUGGAAUGUUGUUUAUUAAUACUGGAAUGUUUGAAUUUAAACAGUUUUACAACAGGAAAUUACUAUGAAGUUGUAUACAUGAGCCUAAAGAAGAAUAUGCAUGAGAAAGAUAUUGAUGUGACAAAGGCUCUGUUUAAAUGCUAUCCAUGUUUCUUGCCCAAACUGCCUUUAGAUGUGAAGAAAGCAAAGUUGGAUGAUGUCUAUUCUGGGAUCCUCGAUCAAUUGAACAUGGAAACCAACUUACAUAGGAAAGUCAUUUGCUUCAACUUCACCACCAAAAUGAUUGAAAUGCACCAAAUACAUUGUGCAAAGAAGAGAAUUUAUAAGGACAUCAUCCAUGACAACUUAGAUAUGUGCACUACUAAUGUAGCUGUUUAUGACAUACUAUUUCAACCAGCUUUUGAGUGCCUGCUAACUUGGAUAAGAAAUUGUUGGUGCACCUGGAACUUAGUAUCAGACCAGAAAAUAUUGGCUGUGUUGUUGAAAGUUCUCUAUGUGACCAGAGAUGAGAAGACAAAGCUACAAAUCCAGAGUUUAAUGAUGACACUUAUAAGUUUGUGCACUUUAGAAGAACAGCACAUAAUAUACAAGAACUUGGACUCAGCACCCAUUACAUUGCACAGGGACAUCAUGUUGAGGAUCAAAAUACUAAAAGAAAGUAUGAAAAUUAAUUAACAUAACAGUAUUUUAUUCCAAAAAUAUAAUUUUUUAAUUGUACAUCUUAGUAAAGUAAAAUCUUCGGCUUACUAGUGAUAGAUGAAGGAUAAAUACUCAGAGGAUAAAAAUGAGAUUUCAUCCAUUUUUAACACAUACCAUAUGCAUAAAAUAACAGAUAUUAUCUUAACCAUAUAGAUAUUUCUACUGAGUAUUUAUCAAUUUUGAGCAUUUAUUGGGAUGAAGUCCUAGUACACUAGUCCUUACAUAUAGAAUAUGAUACUUUUCAUCUUUAAUAAAAACAAUGUCAUUUAUCUUAAAUGUCAGUUCAUGGAAUAAAUGUAUAAAAAGUAUUUUUUACGUUUUUUAAAUCUCACCUCAAAUUAGUUUAAAAAAAAUUAUCAAAUAAGAUACUACUUAUCUCAAUACACUAGUGAUGCACCAUAUUCUUUAAAAUAUUUUGUAUUUAUCACAUUGUAUUGCAUUAUUUAUAUAGAGUUUAACGAGAACAACUGUAAAAACUAUUUAAUCUGCACAGAUUUCAUCAAUCAUAUUGCAGACUUCAUCAAUAGUGGGUCUUUGGUUUUUGAAAUGUUGCAAGCACCUUUGAGCUACUAUGAAAAUAUCUUGAGCUUUUGUCCAGUUAGAAACUGUCUUAUCUACAAGUCUAGUAAUAUCAUUGUCUUCACAGUUUUCUUCAACAUAGCUUUUAAUAUUAUUACUUUCACCAUUCUCCACCACAAUUGGUUUCAAACCAGUCAGCAGUUCAAGUAGGACUAUGCCAAAACUAAAGAUGUCAUUUUUCUGUGUGACUGUACCAGAGAAGCCUUCGGGUGCCAUGUAAGCUGAGGUUCCCAUCAUAGACUUGGUUGUGAUAAAUGUUGUUUCCAAUUGUUUAGCCAAGCCAAAGUCACAAAGCUUUGGCACACAGUCUUUAGUUAGCAAUAUAUUUGCACUUUUGACAUCUCCAUGAAGAAAGUAACUCUUCCUAGUGGAUGCAGAUCCUGAUUGAGUUACACUGUCAUCAAAUUGUGGUGGUCUUUCACUGUGAUGGAUAUACUUGAGACCUUCUGCUGUACCUUUUAUUAUAUUCAUUCUUUCAUUCACAUUUAGUUGCUUCUUUUCAAUUUUUUCCAGGAGUGAACCACCAUCAAUGUAUUCACAAACAAUGCAUGGUGUAAUUCCAUCUAUAGAGUAUCCAAAGAUGGGAACAAUGUUUUUGUGUCUUAGAAGAGACAGAGACUUAACCUCAGUGUUAAACACCUUCAUGGCAACUUCACAGCUUAUUUGGAAAUGCAUUCUCACUUUCUUUAUAGCUAGGAGACCAUGUACUCUGUGUCUACCAACAAAUACCUCACCAAAACCACCACUACCUAUUUUCAAAUUUUCAGAAAAAUUAUUAGUUAUAUUUUCUAAUUCACUGUAAUCAAAGUGAACUAGAUUUUUAUCUGUUAAUAUAGCAUUGUCUAUGACACUGUAUAUAUUGGGCACAGAGGAUACAUUCCCACCAACACUGUUUUGGGAAUAACUACUUUGUGGAGAAGACAUGGCUUGAGAAGAGUCAGGGUCAGUUGAGAUUGUUGUAGCUGUUAAUGAGGACAUUGUUUUGGAGUCACCUUCAUCUUUAGGAAUCAAAGCACUGAAGUCUGGAAGCUCAGCUGAAGACAUUACUUUAGAACUUGAAAAUUUAAUAAGAUCUGACUCUUCUACUAAUGCAGUACUUCUGUCACCACCUUCAAAUUCUGUUUGUAGUACACUAAGAUUGGGAAUAUCUUCACUUAGAAUAGUUUCAGAAAACUUAAUUAAAUCACUUGGUUCUUUCAGCUGUCUUGUUGUGUGAUUACAAAUUGCUUGGUCAUGAUUAGAGUUUUGUGGAUUUCCACUAUCUACUGAAGCUGUAGUGUUUGCUGUUUGUUCACCACUUUGUUCACUUAGAAGUGCUGAUAUAUUUGUUGUAAUGGGAGCUGCUGGGCCAUCACUGGGUCUGGGCAGAGGUGCCUCGCCUAGCAUGAGCGAUAUCUCAUCAACAGCUCUAAAUAUUUCAGCCUUGUACAAGAUCAUCAUGAGAGUUUCUAAAGUUGGUCUAACCCUCCCAGAGGUGCCCCAUUCAUCAAACAAAACCUCAGCAAACUUUGUGUUUGUCUCCUCGGCAUGUUUUUCCAUCAAUCUCAUAUGUUCAUAGUUAUAUUUACGCUCAAAAUGAUCAGCCGUUAAGUCUUUUGGUAUAAGUGGCACAACUUUUUGCCAGUCUUUAUUAAUUUCCAAAAUAGUGGCUAAGUUAUACAAGGAGGCUGCAGGUAACUUCCGCAAUUCCAUAUUGCGUUGCAUUUUGGACGAGUUCACCAUGAUUAGUCUUAUUAUUUAUACCUAUAUUAUAUUUUUUUAUUCACUAUGCCUGCUGUAAAAAUUUUGUUCUUCACUUGGGCUUUCCCAAUGUUUUGAACGUUGACGUUACGAAACAUAGAACUUCGAAAGUUAUCUAUCAAUACUACCUAAUACCUAAUAUUUCUUUGGGUAGAGUCAAAAAGUACAAUAAAGGGGAUAGUGUAGUAGUGUAAUGCAAAGAAUGAAAAAAAUGAAGAAUAAAAAAAAUG